AUGACGAAAGUGAGUGCCCCUGAGAGAUCAAUAGAUGAGUGGGCGGAUGAUGUCAAACCCAGCUUUGUCAUCCAGGGAUUGCUGGACUCAUUUGGCCCCGGAUGUAAAGGUAAGGAUCAAUGGAAAUGUGAAUCAGUUGUCACACUGGAGUCGGAAUUACCUGCAUUAAAGUCUCAGCUGUUGAAUAAGAAGGAAACUAUUUCGAAGAAGCAAAUCCAAAUGGAAGCAAAAGUUGAUGCUGUUAGAGUGAACGUGGUUUCUGAAAAAGAUCGAUAUGCAAGAAUGGAACAUGACAUCAAGUCUUUUGGUAACAACGCGAGAGAGAAGAUAACUCUUAUGGAAAAUAAACUUCUAGAUGAACUGAAAGAAGUUUCUGAAAAGCACAUUGAACAACUGACAGCUGACCUAAAGUCGAGUGAAAUAUCAGUACAGAUGUACCGACAACAAACUGAGCUGAUAGGCCAGAUUCUACAAUCCGAUGGUGACAUGGACGUGUAUGAGAUGUAUCAGGGAUGUGAGGCCGGUGAUGUGGAUGCUGUCGGAGACGAAGACGUGAAGAAGAGGGGUAGAAUAGCCAGGAUCAUGUUCAGACAGAACGAAGAUCUGCUGAGUAGAGCAAUGGACGAUCUACAGCUGGGUGAGAUAGAUGUCCAGUAUGACGGUUUGGUGAACUUGGAGGCAACACCUGUAUCUGAAGACACCAGUAACGUACUGGACCUGAAGGGUGCUCGUGUGUCACAAGACACUGGUAACGUGCUGGACCUGAAUGCUGCUCCUGUGUCAGAAGACCCUGGUAAUGUACUGGACCUGAAGGCUGCUCCUGUGUUAAAGGACUCCAUUAACGUUAGGGUAGCAGGAGGCCAGUAUGAAGUAUACCCUGCUGACUUAACAGUGUUGGCGGUGAAUGGUACAGACACAUUGGUUGUAACAGACUACACCAACAACAGUGUGAAGUCCUUCUACACCGGGAACAAACAACGAAGUCACAGCAAGCUCCAACUGGGAUGGUCUCCGUGGGGUAUAACAAGGCUGAAACACAACCAGGUGGCCGUCACUGUAACGGAUACCAGACAGAUUGUAACAGUUAAAGUGAACCCUGAUCUGGUACUGCUGUCAACCAUCACAACCAGCAAACAGUACAGGGGUAUAACGUCUCUGACACCAUCAACACUAGCAGCAGGUUCUGAUAGUGAUAAAUAUGUGGAUAUUCUGGACAUGAGAGGAAACGUCCUGAAGUCGAUGAACGCUGUAGUUAGCGGAAAAGAAAUUAUACAUUAUCCUUCCUUUCUUUGUACAACAAGAACAGGAAACAUCCUUGUGUCGGAUGGCGGUUCGAAGUGUGUCCUGUGCCUGACAGCUGAAGGGGACGUUGUGUUCACCUACCCUACACCAGGACGCACAACACUGAGAAGUCCACUUGGUAUCGCAAGUACCAGCACUGGUGACAUCCUUGUUACUGACUACUAUCAACACACUGUUGUUCAUCUCACUGAGUCAGGACAGUUUGUCAGAAACAUACUCACUGCAGAUGAUGGUGUCUCGUACCCGCACGGAGUUUGUGUAGGUGGACGUGGUCGUGUGUAUGUUUGUAAUUACAGUUCAGGUGAAAUCAAAGUAUUCAGUUUCAGUAACACAAAAUAGAUCUUUGAUUCUUUCUCAAGUGAUCAUUGCAUCCGUAAAUAUUCCAAUUAACUACAUUUACAACGACCUCCUGACUGUAAUGCACUGUGUGUCUGAGUAUAUCUAAU